UUGAAAAGAAAGAAAAAGUUCGAACCUUUCCUGUUUCGCCAUUGUUCUUCCCUCUUCAGAUUUAGAGUUCACAAUCUCCUUCUUGAUUGAGUUUCUUAUACGUAAAACAGUUUCCUUGUUGUACCACAUCAAUGGGUUCCGUGAAAGAAAUUAUUGGUGAACUGAACAAAGAAUCCUUCGUCUCUUUACUCUCCAAGCUCAUCGGCGAGGCCCAGUUCGUCCAAAACAACCCAAAAGAAAACCUGAUUCCUCAAGAAGAUAAGAUCGUUAAUCACGUCCUUGAUGUUCUUAACCCUUACAGUACUGCCAAUGGCGGACCCUUGCUAAUCAACCAUGUUAGCUACGCUCCUGGCCGUGGAAAUUUGAUUGUGGAGUAUCCUGGGACUGUAUCUGGAAAAGUAGUCUCCUUUGUUGGUAGCCAUAUGGAUGUUGUCCCUGCCAAUCCCGAUACUUGGAAAUUUUCUCCAUUCUCAUUGAGUGUUGAUGGGGAUCAACUUCGGGGUCGUGGGACAACUGAUUGCUUAGGACAUGUUGCCCUUCUAACUGAACUUCUCAAGAAGCUUGCACAAACUAAACUAAAGUUGAAGUCCUCCGUUGUCAUUGUAUUUAUUGCAUCUGAAGAGGACAAUUCUAUCCCAGGAAUUGGAGCUGAACAACUUGCUAAAGAGGGAUACUUUGCUAAUUUAAAAGGAGGGCCACUAUUUUGGAUUGAUACAGCAGAUUCACAGCCUUGUAUUGGUACUGGCGGUUCAAUACCUUGGAAACUUGUGGCAACUGGAAAACUUUUCCACAGUGGUUUGGCACACCAGGCUAUUAAUGCUAUGGAGCUUGCUAUGGAAGCUCUUAAAGUGAUUCAAUUACGCUUUUAUGAAGAUUUUCCUCCCCAUACUAUGGAACAGGCAUAUGGAUUUGCAUCACCAUCAACCAUGAAACCAACCCAAUGGAUUUAUCCAGGAGGUGGUCUCAAUCAAAUUCCAGGAGAAUGCACUAUUUCAGGAGAUGUCAGGUUAACCCCCUUCUACGCUGUGAAGGAUGUUAUGAAAAAACUCCAAGGCUAUGUUGAUUACAUUAAUGCAAACAUUGAGAAACUUGAUACGAGGGGUCCUGUUUCAAAGUAUGUCUUACCAAAUGAAGGCAUCAGGGGAAGAAUUGAUAUAACUUUCGGUGAGCCGAUGUCGGGAGUUGCAUGUGAUCUUAAUUCUCGUGGCUAUAAAGUUUUACACAAUGCAACGAAGGAAGUUAUAGGGCACGUCAAACCUUACUCACUUACAGGGAGUUUGCCGGUUAUUCGGGAGCUCCAGGAGGAUGGAUUUGAUGUUCAAACUGCUGGCUACGGUUUAUUAGAUACAUACCAUGCCCAGAAUGAGUAUUGCCUUCUUAGUGAUAUGGGCAAUGGGUACAAGAUUUUUGCCAGCAUCAUCUCUCAAUUAGAAGAAGAUUGAUGAUACUAGGCUAGACCAUUAUUGUUCUAAAUGGUACUACUUCAAGAGGUAACCUGCCACACUCACUGUAUAGGAAAAAUUAAGAUUGCCUUCUUUGUUCUACUCUAUACUUUCUUUGUUGGAUCUGUAAUACUAAUUUUUUUUUUCAGUAGAGGCAAUAGUAGAGCGAAUGUUUGUUAAUUUACAUAACAAAAUACAGAAACCUAAGUUAAAAAGAACAUUGGGUUCGGUUGAAGAAUCAAUUCAAACUUGAAUCGAACAUGAACAAGCAGUUUAAACAUAAUAGAUAGUUGAAUUGAAGUA